CAGAAACUCGCCGAGAAAAUCAACGGACCCGCUACGUACAUGAGUUUUUGGGAUUAAAGCGCAGCUCUGACCAACAUCAAGUCCACCUCAGGAGAAAACGAAUAGCGGAGCAGCUGCCGCGGCCCCUUUAAGAGCUCGCUGGAAUUAUUAAUGACGUCGCGCUGUAAACACGACUGACGCUCGGCUGCGUGGCCGAAGCAUCCUCGGACCAAGACCGUCGACUUCACCGGACCCCCUUGUUUACUAGUCGCGAGGACCUCGGUUGGACAGGCCAGUGACCGCGGCUCACUCCAACUGUCAUAUGCGGGCUUCUAAACCAGGUGGACGGUGCUGCAUUCCUCCGACCAAGUGCCAUGGCGAGAAAGACGGACGUCCCCCCCAUCUACUAUGGUGAGCCACGGAAGUUUGACCCGAACUUCAGAGGCCCUGUCCACAACAGGAGCUGCACUGAUGUGCUUUGCUGUGUUAUUUUCAUCAUUGUCAUCCUCGGCUACAUCGCUUUGGGAACCGUGGCUUGGAUUCAUGGCGACCCGAGGAAGGUGGCCUAUCCGACAGACAGUCGCGGGCAGUUUUGUGGUCAGCUGGAGAGUCCUAAUGCAAACAAAGCCAUAUUGUUCUACUUCAACAUGUUGAAAUGUGCCAAUCCUGCAGUUUUAAUAAACCUCCAGUGCCCAACAACCCAGCUCUGCGUGUCCAAGUGCCCUGACAGAUUCGCCACUCUCCUGGAUGUGUGGAAUACCAAAAACUGGGAAUAUUACAAGCAAUUCUGCAAACCAGGCUUUGAGAUUGGCAGGAAGUCCGUUGCACAAGUGCUGCGUGAUGAAGACUGUCCGUCCAUGAUUGUGCCAAGCAGACCAUUUCUUCAGAGGUGCUUCCCUGAUUUCAUCACAAGAAAUGGAAAUCUCACUGUAGCCAAUCAGACUGUCUUCAAGGACGGUGCCAACAAGAGGAGGAGUGUGAAUGACCUCAAAGAUGCAGCCAAACAAGUAACUGCCAUUCAACAAGGAGAGGACAGAGGGAUCGCCAGCCUGCUGAAUGCCAAAGAAGUUGGCAUGAGGAUCUUUGAGGAUUAUGCAAAUUCCUGGGUCUGGAUCCUCAUUGGUCUGGUGAUAACCAUGGUGGUCAGUCUGCUCUUUAUUCUGCUGCUGCGCUUCACUGCCGGUGUGCUUCUGUGGCUCAUUAUCUUUGGUGUCAUCACUGCGGUCGGCUUUGGUAUCUGGCACUGUUACUGGGAGUACAGCACUUUGACCGGCAAACCCGGCGCCAACGUGACCAUCUCAGACAUCGGCUUUCAGACGGACUUCAGUAUUUACCUGCGGCUCAGCCAGACCUGGCUCAUCUUCAUGAUCUCCCUCUCUGUGAUCGAAGCGAUCAUUGUGAUCAUGCUGAUAUUUUUGAGGGCUCGUCUGAGCAUCGCCAUCGCCUUACUGAAAGAGGGCAGCAAGGCCAUAAGCUACAUCAUGUCGACCCUCUUCUACCCCAUCAUCACCUUCUUCCUCCUCGCCAUCUGCAUCGCGUACUGGGCUGUGACUGCAGUAUUUUUAGCAUCAUCAGGCAAUGCUGUUUACAAGGUCACAUCUGCUGAUGAAAAAUGCAUGUACAGCAACCUCACGUGCAACCCACAGAGCUUCAGUCAGACCAACAUCACCAAAGUGUGCCCGGGCUCUCAGUGCAUGUUCGCCUUCUAUGGCGGGGAGACUGUGUACCACCGCUACAUCCUCCUCCUCCACAUCUGCAACCUCUUUGUUUUUCUCUGGCUGGUCAACUUCACCAUUGCACUGGGUCAGUGCACGCUGGCCGGAGCCUUCGCCUCCUACUACUGGGCCCUGAAGAAGCCCGGCGACAUACCCGCCUGCCCGCUGUACUCCUCCUUCAGCAGAGCCAUACGGUAUCACACAGGAUCCCUGGCCUUUGGGUCACUGAUACUCGGUGCAGUGCAGACCAUCCGAGUUGUCCUGGAGUUUCUGGACCAGAAGCUGAAAGGCUGUCACAACGCUCUCGCUCGGUUCGUGCUUUGCUGCCUCAAGUGUUGCUUUUGGUGUUUGGAACGUUUCAUCAAGUUCAUAAACAGAAACGCGUACAUCAUGAUAGCAAUAUAUGGGAAGAACUUCUGCACAUCUUCCAAAGAUGCUUUCUUCCUUCUGAUGAGGAAUGUCGUUCGAGUGGCAGUUCUGGAUAAAGUGACAGACUUCCUGCUCUUUUUAGGAAAACUGCUCAUUUCAGGGAGUGUUGGAGUCCUUGCAUUUUUUUUCUUCACACGUAAACUACCUGUCAUUCAAGAGGAAGUGCCGUCCCUAAACUACUACUGGGUCCCUCUAGUGACGGUGACGUUCGGAUCCUACCUGAUAGCGCAUGGGUUCUUUAAUGUCUACUCUAUAUGCGUGGACACACUCUUCCUGUGCUUUUGCGAAGACCUGGAGAGGAAUAACGGUUCUUCCUCCAGGCCGUACUACAUGUCUCCCGGGCUUCACAAGAUCUUGCGCAAAGGAGACGAUGCUCCCAAAAUAGGUGCCACCUCCUGAGCAAACUGUGUGGCAGCUAGACAAACCACUCUCUGAGCGAACACUGAGUGAGGGAGGCGCUGCUGGGCUCAACAUCCAUCCAGACUGAGCUGAAGUGAGACGUUUUCUGGCCCCGGAAGCUUCUAGCUACAGACUCCUGAUCAGUUCCUGUCUUGAGCCAAUCCAGUCGCUUGCCUUCUUUUCUGCCCCACCUUUCUUCUGCUCUGCUGACCUCUGCCUUACUGAGAGGGCCCGGACGCACUCGCUUCAACGUAGAAGCCGAUGAGGGAGCGCGGCAGGAAACGUGCGGCGGAGGGUCAGCCUCUUGUCGCACUGGGUUGUGAAAUCAUGUUUGUAUGCACUUCCACGUGAGUGAGCAACCAUGGGACUUACUUUGACUUACAAGCAUGAUUGUUUUGAUGCUGUUGAUGUUCUGUUUUGAUUGGUUGCAUUGACCUCCGUCUUUAGGCUUCCAAAAAAAAAAAACAAAAACAAAAAAAGUGUUCUCUCCACUCUUGAUUUUGUCGGAAACAUUCUGUUAUUUCGGUCGAGGAGGUGCUGUGAUCUACCCCGGAUCCUGCGGGAGGCCAAGACUUCAUAGAGCCUGUCAUUAUUCAGGAAACCUCUGAAUGCAGCCACUAGUUUAUGUGCCUAGUUGUAAGAAAAAGUCAAGAAAAAAGAAAAAAAAAGUUCCUCAUACUCUGUGAUUUUAGAGCUAAUGCCCGAAUCCUUUUGUGAUACGGUUUAUAAAAGGAUGUCAAAGCCAUUUUUGGUACCUUUUUUUAAAUGGGUGGUUCAAAUAUUGUGACGUUUACUACUCCAAGUGUAACUAUAGCAUCUGUCUGGAGGUGAUUCUGUGUUCUUUUGUAUUACUGAGUUUUUUAAGGAAAUGAUGAAUCCUUUUUUUCAAAAUAAAUGAUUGAAAUAUCCCCUUGUGAUGCCUCACUUCCCCUCCUAA